GAGGAAAAGGGCGGGGUUCGCACUCCCAGAGUUAGAGCGAAAAAGCUGCCUGCCGGUGGCAUCUGCGCAUGCCCUGGUGAUUCGCCGCGGGUGGCCGGAGAGUCUGCUAACUUUCUGUGCUAAACUGUAGGUCGGUGCCGGUCCCCACCCUCUACUUCCACUUCUUUCUUUGCCCCCGCCUCCUCUGCCUCCGCCUCCGUCCGAUCCUGUGGGGAGCUGGCCGGUCGGUGGCUGGUGUCCGGAGACAAGGGCCCCAGGGGCGGGAUGGUGCCGCAGAGCCAGGUUAGCUGAUGUGAGAGAUCAAGUCAUAUUUGCUGUUCGUCAGGAAUAUGUCCAACUUGGAGAUCAGCUCCUCUUCUUGCAGCCAGGUGACGAGAUUGCAGUUAUUCCCCCCAUUAGCGGAGGAUAAUAUCUCUGGGUUGUUAGGAGAAUCUAUGAGUGCAAUUGAAGAAAAACCUAAAGAUAUAAUCAAAUUUACUGCUGAGAAACUCUCAGUAGAUGAAGUCUCACAGUUGGUGGUUUCUCCUGUCUGUGGAGCUGUGUCUCUGUUCGUGGGGACUACAAGAAAUAAUUUUGAAGGGAAAAAAGUUAUUAGCUUAGAAUAUGAAGCAUAUAUGCCAAUGGCAGAAACUGAAGUCAGAAAAAUAUGUAGCGCUGUUAGACAGCAGUGGCCAGUCAGGCACAUAGCUGUGUACCAUCGGCUUGGCUUAGUUCCAGUAACAGAAGCAAGUGUAGUCAUUGCUGUGUCUUCAGCACAUAGAGCUGCAUCCCUUGAAGCUGUAAAAUAUGUUAUUGAUACAUUAAAAGCCAAAGUUCCAAUUUGGAAAAAGGAGAUUUAUGAAGAAGAAACAUCAUCUUGGAAAAGAAACAAAGAAUGCUUUUGGACAAAAAACUAAUUUUUAUUAAGUGAAAAUUUAGUUUUAAAAAUUGCUCCAUUUACUGUAAUUCUAUGUUGUUUUUCCUUUAUUUCUGAGCCUUUUUUUUAUCUCUCUAAAGUAUUAUGAUAAAGUGGACACAAUUGGACUUUACAUAUAACUCUUACUAUACAUUUUGACUAUUGUAAAGUCAUAAUAAUCUCUCAGAAGCUCACUUUUAUCAUCUUUUAAGCAGAUAAAAUACUGCUUAACUUACAGGGGUUAGGAGCAUGGAAAUGUUUGGUUGAAAAUGCUAUGUAAAUUUAAAUUUAGUUUAAUUCAGCAAGAUCAUGAUAUUUGGCCAAAGAUAGGUUCUUUCAUAGCAUUCCAGUGAGACAGCAAGGAGAAAAUAUGGGGUUGAGUGGGAAGCUUUAGUAAUAAGAGAAGUUGAGAGGAAUAAAGACAUGAUUAAGAUUUACAGAGUGUUAAGAGAAAUUCUAUUACCAGGCUAAUUUUGUGUCUGCUUAUAGAUGUGUGUGUGUGUGUCUUCUUCCCUCUUACUUUUACGUCCUCUUAGAAGAUCAAUAAUGACAUAGUUGGUAAAGUUGGAAUGGAGACCCCAAUUUAGUUAUUUUCUAUGCUAUUGAAUUGGAGUAUGAAAUCAAAGAGCAAAGAAAUUUAAAGUUGAAAUAAAUAUUUCAGAUAGUAAAAAAAACAUAUCCUUCAAUUCCUGAGGCAUGAAGUCAGUUUUUUUCAACCAAGAUAAUAUAUUAAUGUGUUAUAUAUGUUCAAAAGGUUUAGAGUUUUUUAUCACAGAUCACUUCAAGUCCAUUUGUGGAUUCAUUCUAAAUUUUGUACAAAGUUUAUAGCCAAUAAAUUCAUUAUAAAAUCAAGAAAA